AUGAAGAUAACCAAAACGAGUUUAUUUCUGAUUUUGCUUAUAUUGAGUUUCGUCUUCACUUGUAUUUUGAUUCUGAUUCAGAAAAAUGAUGUUUUUCCUAUUAUAUAUAAUUCAUAUGGAUGUUCAAUACCAAUGUUGGAUCCCUUCGAUAGAUCACUUCGUGCUUUUUUACCCAAAGCAAAACCGCUAGUAUGUAAAUCGAUCGUGUUUCUUAUAUAUCAGUUGGAUAAUAAUACUUUAGCAUUUAAUCAAAGUGCAUUUCGUAUCGCAAAUGUCACACAAUCUAGUUUGCGGUGCUACUAUCAAACAAUAAUACGCUAUGACGGUGAUAGGGGUGUCAGAAUGAACAACACAAUUCCGUUGGAGUUACCAGCAACGCUGCCGUAUGAUUUCUACCAGGUUACCUGCCGCAACAGCUCGGAGGCAAUUAUUUACAAGAAUUUAUUCUCCAAUAUUUCACCAACGUCCGUUCAUCGCGACAACCCAGUCGAAGAGGAAUCACCACAACACUUGAGCGUCAUCUUGUUCGGUAUUGAUUCAGCAUCGAGGUCAUCUGCCAUUCGCAGACUCCCUAAAACAAUGAAUAUUCUGAGAAAUUUGCAAGCCUACGACUUCAAAGGACAUACAAAAGUUGGAGAAAACACCUUUCCAAACAUGAUACCACUUCUCACGGGGUUGAAUGUGUCUGAAUUACAUUUACCAAGAAGGCCGUACAUGGACAAAAUACCCUUUCUGUGGAAUAAUUAUUCUAAAAAUGGCUAUACAACGUUUUAUGCUGAAGAUACGCCUACCUGGGAUACAUUUAAUUUCAAUAAAAGAGGAUUCCAGAUUCCUCCCACUGACCAUUACAUGAGACCAUAUCAACUUGCCCUGUGGAACGUCCAGAAAAUGGACUACCCAUAUAUUAGCGAUUAUUGUUAUAAUGGUAUGUCAAGGCAUUCACUACAAAUCAAUUAUCUCAAGCAGUUUUUGGAUCUAUAUAAAAGGAAGCGUCGUUUUGCCUUGUCCUUGAUCAACGUUUUAUGCCACAAUACCGAGAAAAAUCUUCAAUUUGGCGAUGAAGAUCUGCGCGACUUUGUACAGUGGAUGGAUAAUGAAGGACAUCUAAAAAAUACUGUUUUCAUCAUCUUUGGAGACCACGGAAAUAGAAUCAGUGGUAUAAGACGCACACCCAUCGGCUAUUUAGAAGAUCGCAUGCCAUUGCUGCAAAUGAUUAUACCAGAACAACUCAAAGCAAGACAUGCGACGGUACAUGAGUCAUUGCUUGUGAAUACAAACAGAUUAACAACCCAUUUUGACCUUCAUCAAACAAUAGUUGACGUUUUGAAGCAGAGUUUUUCAGAACCAUCUAUUGCUUAUCGCGAAGGCAAAGUUCGCGGGAUAAGUCUCUUCAAGACGAUUCCCUUAGCAAGAACUUGUAGAGAUGCAUGCAUCCCAGAUACCUAUUGCGUCUGUGACCAAACAAUUGAGGAGCCAACAUCUCACGCUUUAGCAAAAACAAUGUCAGAAACAGGCGUACAAAUGUUAAAUCACAUCAUGUUCUCAGAAGAUCGAUGCGCUAAACUAACAUUCCAUAAAACUACUUCUGUUCGAAGGUAUUUAAGGACAUUCCAAGAAACAGGUAUCAUACAAACAGCUGUGUCUCUCUUUCGGAAUGCCGACGUUUUGGACAGAUACAUAGUGCAAUUUCAAACAAUACCAGGGUUUGGUAUUUUCGAAGCAACUAUUGGCGUUUAUUUAGAUGGAGGUAUACGUGUUGAGGGUGACAUAGACCGAGUGAAUAAAUACUGGAACCAGUCAGCAUGUAUACAAGAUGGUGCAUUGUUAAGAGCGUACUGUUAUUGCGUGAAGAAACAUCGUGUCAAUUGA